AUGGCCGAGCUGCUGCGGACGCCGGCGGGAAAACCUCCCUGCCGCUCGCUUCGACCUCUGGCCUUCCUCCUCUUCACCUUCCUCCUGGUCUCUGGCAUGGUGGUCGUGAACCUGAGAAUCCCGAUGCCGGGGACCAGCCCGGAAGGAGAAGGGAUGCUGUACCCGCAGCCCAGGGUGCUGACGCCCUCGAGGAACGACGUCCUCGUCCUGACCCCGUGGCUGGCACCCAUCAUCUGGGAGGGCACCUUCAACAUCGCCCUCCUGGACGAGCAGUUCCGGCUGCAGAACCUCACGGUGGGGAUCACCGUGUUCGCCAUCAAGAAGUACGUGGCCUUCCUGAAGCUGUUCCUGGAGACGGCCGAGCAGCACUUCAUGGUGGGCCACAGGGUCACCUACUACGUCUUCACCGACCGGCCGGACGCCGUGCCCCGCGUGGCGCUGGCCGAGGGCCGCCGCCUGGAGGUGCUCCGGGUCCCGGCCGCCGCGCGCUGGCAGGACGUGUCCAUGCGCCGCAUGCAGAUGCUCAGCGACUUCUGCGAGCGGCGCUUCCGGCGGGAGGUGGCCUUCCUGGUGUGCACCGACGUGGACAUGCGCUUCAGCGACCACGUGGGCGUGGAGGUCCUGUCCCCGCUCUUCGGCGCCCUGCACCCCGGCUUCUACGGGGCCGCCCGCCAGGCCUUCACCUACGAGCGCCGGCCGCAGUCCCGGGCCUACAUCCCCUGGGACCAGGGCGACUUUUACUACUUGGGGGGCCUCUUCGGGGGGUCGGUGUCCGAGGUUCACCGGCUCACCACGGCCUGUCACCAGGCCAUGACGGCCGACCGCGCCAACGGCAUCGAGGCCGUCUGGCACGACGAGAGCCACCUGAACCGCUACCUGCUGGACCACAAGCCCACCAAGGUGCUGUCCCCCGAGUACCUGUGGGACGAGCAGCUGCUGGGCCGGCCGGCCGUCAUGAGGAAGCUGAGGUUCAUGGCCGUGCCCAAGAACCACCAGCAAAUCCGCAACUGA